CGGCAGGCCGCGUUGCCACGGAGACCGGCCGGGGGUGGUGGCCCGCUGGGCUGUCCCCGCCGCCGCCGGCCUGGUGCUGGCUCCGCCUCGCCAUGAGCCUCCCGCAGAAGCCGGCCCUCAAGCCCGGAGCGGCCGCGGCGGGGGGGGCAGCGGCGGGCGGGGCUCCGGCCGGGCCCGGGCCCUCCGCGGGGGGCGGCGGCGCGGGGGCGGGAGCGCCCGGGGGGGGCCCUCCGCCGCCCCUGCCCCUGCCCCCGCCCGGGCCGCUCUCCCCGCUGCCCCCCGGGGGGGGCCCUCCGCCGCCCCCGGGCCCCCCCGCCGCCGCCGCCGCCCCCGGGCCCGCCCCGCCCGCCAGCGCCCCCGCCCGCGCCCUCCAGGCCCCAAUCCCUCGGGGACCAGUGCCGCAGCCCUUGGAGGACCGGAUCUUCACGCCAACCGUCUCCACUGUGUACAGCACGGUGACCCAAGUUGCCCGGCAGCCUGGCCCUCCCGCCCCCUCCCCUUAUUCCACACAUGAGAUAAGCAAAGGGCACCCCUCCCUGGCCGCCACACCACCCGGGCAUGCCUCCUCUCCCGGCCUCACGCAGCAGCCAGGAGGGAGGAGGGACAGAAGCUUCCCGCCCCACCCAAGAGCCAGCAGUCUUUUUGAAGAUCCAAGGGAACUGGUGCAAAGGAUUCUGGGAUGUGGGAUGGCCCCUUACCCUUCUGGACAGAACGCCGCGCCGACCGCACUGGUCUACCCGCAGCCCCCGCAGACCAUGAGCACGCAGCCCCAAGCACGCUCCCCGUUUGCCGCGGGGCCUCGACCUGCCCAUCACCAGGGAGGAUUCAGACCCAUCCAGUUUUUCCAGCGGCCCCAGAUCCAGGCCCCCCGAGCGACGCUCCAGAACAGCAGCCCCUCCAUCCGCCCCGGAGCGCAGACCCCGGCCGCCGUCUACCAGACGAACCAGCACAUCAUGAUGGUCAACCACCUCCCCAUGCCCUACCCCAUGCCCCAGGGACCCCAGUACUGCAUCCCGCAGUAUCGCCACAGCGGCCCCCCGUACGUCGGACCCCCACAGCAGUAUCCCGUUCAGCCGCCGGGGCCGGGCCCUUUUUACCCAGGACCGGGACCCGGAGAGUUCCCCAAUGCCUACGGAGCCCCUUUCUACCCCAGUCAGCCGGUGUACCAGUCGCCCCCCAUCAUAGUGCCUACGCAGCAGCAGCAGCAGCAGCAGCCGCUUCCUCCGGCCAAGCGGGAAAAGAAGACGAUCCGCAUCCGGGACCCCAACCAAGGGGGCCGAGACAUCACGGAGGAGAUCAUGUCCGGCGGUGGGAGCAGGAACCCCACGCCCCCCACCGUCCGGCCCUCGUCCACUCCCACCCCGCCCCAGCAGCAGCAGCAGCAGCAGCAUCUGCCCAGCCAGGCCCCCGAACACAGCCCUGCCACGGCCUAUGGGGCUGCCGAGAACGUGCUCCCCGUGGCCCCCAGUGGCAGCAGCAGCCCCAUUUCAGCAACUAGUGACUUGAAGCCAGAAGAGAAGCCGAAAGCAGAGCCAGUAUUAAAGCCGCCUUCCCCUGCUGCCCUCAGGCCGGAGCCGAGCGGAGAGAGGAAGGACCCCACGGGCCCCGAGGAGACCCCCCCUGCCGCCUCCGUGGAGACACCGCCUGAGCCUCCUCGCCCAGCCUUGCCCUCCGCGGCCCCUGUGCCGCCCGAGUCGACAGCUACAGAGAAGGGGGAGGACGAAGAAGAGGAGGAUGUGGCCCAGGAUGGGAGCGAACUGGACUCUAUGCAGGAGGAGGUCCCCUCGCUGCCCGUGGCCCCUUCUUGCUUGGAGGUGGUGCCCACUUGCCCCCCAACAAACGAGGCCACCGAGGAUAUACCCAUCGCCCCCUGCGACCUCCCAGUGACUGCUAGUAUUAAUCCAGUGAACGAACUCAAUGGAGUAAGCGAAGGGGCCGCUGUCACGGACACGGACCAGCGAGAGGAGGCGGCCGUGGAGCCGGAAGGGCCCGAGCCCUCCACCGCCGAAGGGGUGGCCUCUGCCGCCGCUCCGUCGCCCCCUCCGCCACCCGCGGCCAGUCCGCCCCCCGCUCCGCCCCUGCCGCCCCAGCUCCCACCCCGGGCCCCUGCGGAGGGGCCUCUGGGCGGAGAGGAGGGCCCCCCAAGAACUACCUGUAGCCCAGAGACCCAGGAGAGCCUCCCGGAAGCGGAGGAGGAGGAGGAGGAGGCGGCAGCCGCGGAGGUGGACGGCCGGCCAGAGGAGAAAGAGCAGGAGGAGGAGGAGGAGGAGCAGCCCCAGGGCCUGGACCCAGAGAAGGGCCUCGAAGCGGCCCAGACCGCUGUCCCUGCACCAAAGACGUGGCAGAAACCAAAAGAUCUAGGCCAGGCCGCCGAGGAGGAGCGGGAGGCCGAGCCCGAGCCUCAAGUCGAGGAGGAGCUUCCGGGAGAGAGAAUACUUGAAUCUGAACCCGAGGCGCCCAGCCCCAGGAGAGACUCUGCCUCCGACCUUAAAGUAGCGAAGGCCGUGGAGGAGAACGGCGAGCAGGAAGCGGAGCCCAUCCGGAACGGAGCCGAGAGCGUCUCUGAGGGCGAGGGGGGCGAGGGGAGUUCGGGCGGCACAGAGGGGUCCGGCGAGGCCCCUGCCGGGCAGAGCAAGUCAGAGCAGUGGAAGCCCCUCAACCCCGACGGGAAGAAGCAGUACGGCCGGGAGUUCCUGCUGGACUUCCAGUUCAUGCCGGCCUGCGUCCAGAAGCCGGAAGGGCUGCCCCCGAUCAGCGACGUGGUCCUCGACAAGAUCAAUCAGCCCAAGCUGCCUCUCCGCACGUUGGACCCUCGGAUCCUGGCGAGGGGCCCGGACUUCACCCCGGCCUUUGCCGAUUUCGGAAGGCAGCUCCCAGGCGGGCGAGCAGCAGCCGCCAGCAAAGUGCAGCCCCCGCCCGGCCUGCCCUCGCUCGCUCGCUGCAGCCCCCCGACCUGCCCGCUGCUGGUCUCCCCGCACCCCCAGCUGAGGAACCUCCAGAUCGGGCUGCUGAACGUUGGGCCGAGGCGGUCCCAGCCGGGCCAGAGGCGGGAGCCCAGGAAAAUCAUCACGGUCUGCGUCAAGGAGGACGUCCACCUCAAGAAGGCGGAGAACGCCUGGAAGCCCAGCCUGAAGCGGGAGACCCAAGCCGAGGACCCCGAGAACAUCAAGACCAAGGAGCUGUUCCGGAAGGUCCGCAGCAUCCUUAACAAGCUGACGCCCCAGAUGUUCAACCAGCUGAUGAAGCAGGUGACGGACCUGACGGUGGACACGGAGGAGCGGCUGAAGGGGGUCAUCGACCUGGUGUUUGAGAAGGCCAUUGACGAGCCCAGCUUCUCCGUGGCCUACGCCAACAUGUGCAGAUGCCUUGUCACGCUGAAAGUGCCCAUGGCGGAUAAGCCCGGGAGCACCGUCAACUUCCGGAAGUUGCUCCUGAACCGCUGCCAGAAGGAGUUUGAGAAGGAUAAAGCUGACGACGACGUUUUUGAGAAGAAGCAGAAGGAGCUGGAAGCGGCCACCGCGCCGGAGGAGCGGACCCGGCUCCACGACGAGCUGGAAGACGCCAAGGACAAGGCCCGGCGGCGCUCCAUCGGGAACAUCAAGUUCAUCGGGGAGCUCUUCAAGCUGAAGAUGCUGACGGAGGCCAUCAUGCACGACUGCGUGGUCAAGCUCCUGAAGAACCACGACGAGGAGUCCCUGGAGUGUCUCUGCCGCCUCCUGACCACCAUCGGGAAGGACCUGGACUUCGAGAAGGCCAAACCCCGGAUGGAUCAGUACUUCAACCAAAUGGAGAAGAUCGUGAAGGAGAGGAAAACCUCCUCUCGCAUCCGGUUCAUGCUUCAGGACGUCAUUGAUCUCAGGCAGUGCAACUGGGUUUCGCGGAGGGCGGACCAGGGCCCCAAGACCAUUGAGCAGAUCCACAAGGAGGCCAAGAUCGAGGAGCAGGAGGAGCAGCGGAAGGUCCAGCAACUGAUGACCAAAGACAAGAGGAGGCCGGGUGUCCAGCGGGUCGAGGAGGGCGGCUGGAAUACGGUGCAGGGGACAAAAAACAGCCGUGUGCUGGACCCCACCAAGUUCCUUAAAAUCACCAAGCCCACGAUCGACGAGAAGAUCCAGCUUGUGCCUAAAGCCCAGUUGGGCAGCUGGGGAAAGGGCAGCAGCGGCGGAGCCAAGGCCAGCGAGAUCGAUUCCUUACGACCAAGUGCCACUAGUCUGAACCGAUUCUCUGCACUGCAGCCUCCUGUGUCACCAUCGGUCUCUGCCUCAGCCACAUCCUCCGAGUCGGACGCUCGCAGGACCUUAACCAGCCGUGGGAGCACCGGGCGGGAGAAGAACGACAAGCCGUUGCCCUCGGCCCUCUCCCGCCCCAACACCUUCCUGCGGGUCAGCGGGGGCGGCAGCAAGGAGCAGCUGCUGGACAACCAGGCGCAGGAGGAGCAGCGCAGGGAGAUGCUGGAGGCGGUCAAGCAGUUGACCGGAGGCGCCGUGGAGGGCGGAGGAGGCGGUGCCCGGGCCAGCGCGGCCACAGAGGCCGGGAGGAGCAAGGCGGCCAAGGAGGGCCAAGUUUCCGUAACGGCCAAGCCGGAAGCGUCCACGUCGCCCUUCCUGGAAAAGCCAGCCUUGUCCGAAGAGGAGAUCGAGAGGAAGUGCCGGUCUAUCAUCGAUGAGUUCUUGCACAUUCAUGAUUAUAAGGAAGCGAUGCAGUGCGUGGAGGAGCUGAACCUGCCGGGCACGCUGCCCGUCUUCGUGCAAGUCGGCGUGGAGUCCACCCUGGAGCGGAGCCAGAUCACCCGGGACCACAUGGGCCAGCUGCUGUAUCAGUUGGUGCAGUUGGGGAAGCUGGGCAAGCAGGACUUCUUCAAGGGGUUUGCGGAGACCUUGGAGAUGGCGGACGACAUGGCCAUCGAUAUCCCCCACAUCUGGCUGUACCUGGCGGAAUUGGUGACGCCGAUGCUGAAGGAGGGAGGGAUCUCUAUGAGAGAACUUCUGACAGAAUUUAGCAAACCCUUGCUUCCUGUGGGAAGAGCUGGCAUCUUGCUUUCUGAAAUAUUGCACCUUCUAUGCAAACAAAUGAGCCAUAAGAAAGUGGCAGCCUUGUGGAGGGAGGCUGGCCUCAGCUGGAAAGACUUCUUACCCGAAGAGGAGGAUGUCCACACCUUUCUCACGGAGCAGAAGUUGGACUUCACAGAGACGGACGGUUCCGGCUCUUCAGAAGCACUUUCCAAGAAAGACCUCUCCGACGAAGAGCUGAACAGGCAGCUGGAGAAGCUCAUUGUGGAGGACAAGGCCAACGACGAGCAGAUCUUUGACUGGGUAGAGGCGAAUCUAGACGAGAGCCAGAUGAGUUCACCUACAUUCCUUAGAGCUUUAAUGACAGCGGUUUGUAAAGCGGCUAUUAUAGUGGAUAGUUCUAGCUUGCGUGUGGACACAGCUGUUAUCAAGCAGAGAGUGCCGAUCUUACUGAAGUACCUGGACUCGGACACAGAGAAGGAACUACAAGCACUUUACGCACUACAAGCAUCCAUAGUAAAACUUGACCAGCCUCCUAAUUUGUUGCGGAUGUUUUUUGACUGCCUCUAUGACGAGGAGGUGAUCUCGGAGGACGCCUUCUACAAGUGGGAAAGCAGCAAAGACCCGGCCGAACAGAACGGGAAAGGCGUCGCGCUCAAGUCGGUCACGGCCUUCUUCACGUGGCUAAGAGAAGCCGAGGAGGAGUCGGAGGAUAAUUAACAACCACAAAAAAAAACUGAAUACAAAAAAAAAGAACUUAAGAAAAACAAUUUAAGUAUUUUUUUAAAAAAACCCAGUUUCAUGUCUUCGCCAAUCACAGUGCAGCAAGGCCAAUUCUCGCGCGCAGAAAUACACCCCCCGACAUUUGCACGAUUUGGGGGGGGGGGGGGGGAACCAACCCAAGAGAGAGAGAGAAAGAAAGAAAGAGAGGAGCAAACGCAAAGGCGAUCAUGGAGGACGAGGCGGAAACGGGAAGUUCCCACUUCGAACCAGAGGGCAGGAGCACGAAAACAAAACCCACGGCUGUUAUUUAUUGGAAAAACAAAAUAAUUUUCCAUUUUAAUCUUUUCUUUUUUUCUUACUUUUUUUAAAACAAGGACUCCUACUUUCACCCGUUAGCCACAGAAGCAGUGCAAACUUUUUAAUUUAUUCUUUUAAGAGAGCUGCAAAUGCCAGUGUAAUUUUUUUACAAUUUGCAGUUUCUGUAACAAAAUUGUAUAAUAGACAAAAGCAAAAAAAAAGCAGAGAAAUAAAUUUUCCUCCCGUUCAGAUGCACUUCAUUUUGGUUCAAAGUCAUGCAUUUUCAAAGGGGUUGAGGAACGAGCCAGGAGUCAAGGAGGUGGGCUUCUCUUUCACAAAACAAACCAUCGGCCAUCUGGUCUUUUCUGCCUGCCUCUCAGCUUGCUUCCCAAUCAACAGGAAAAGAAGUGGAAAAUGAAGGGAAAUACAUUUGCGUUUGAGAAAAAACGGCCGUGGACCAGACUUGCUUUGGAAACAACGCAUUCAUCACACACAAAACAAAACGGUGCUGCUGCCCUGGAAGCAGAAGAAAAAUAUGGACGGACGAACGAAAGAAAGAAAGAAAGAAAGAAGAAAAAAGUCCUAGUGAUACUUUCAGAACCUUUAGAGCAAACUUUAAGGCUUGUAAAUACAUAGAACAAAUAUUUAAAAAAAGAAAGAAAUUGACUCGAUACUAUUUCUUUUCACUUUCAAAAAUUAUAAAAAGAACAAAAUAAAGACAAACCUUGCAAGUUUA